AUGGAACGCAAUGAGCAGCUGAAAUGUGGUUUCUUGAAGGGCAUCCCAGAGAAUCCACGGGUCAAGGCCUACUUCGAGACUUUGGAUCUGGCCGUCCACGAAGGCACAGCGCUCUUUCACAUCCUAGAUAACGGAGAUGGGGAGGUCACUCUGGAAGAAUUCAUAGAUGGCAUUUUAAGAUGCAAAGGUCCCGCAAGGGCCAUUGACCAGGUGGCGAUGCAAGCGGAUUUGAAAGGAUUGGAUCAAAAGAUCAGCUUGCUCCUUUCCUGGGUGCAGGAAGGAAAAGUGAACACCGAGAGCGCCCAGCUCCUUAGAAGGAGGACGGAACGCAGCUUGGCAUUUUUUUCCCUUGGGCACCAACGAGGUGUCACAGUGCGAUUUUUGUGGGUAUAUACCUAUAUGUGCAUAGAUGGAGAAUAA